AUGAGAGAAAAUUCAAUUGAAUAUUGGAUAGAAGAGGCUAAAGAAGUUGCUGGAAAAAUUGGUGUCGAACCCAUUCUGCCAAAUAAACGAAUUCCGAGGUGCAAAAAACAAUUUGACAAGAUGUGUGAUGACGAUUCACGAACACUUCAACCAGUUCAACUUUUUUCUCAAGCAACAAUGGUGGUAUUUGAUAGAAUCUUAUCAGAAAUUAAAAAGGGGGAUAAUAGUGCUACCACGUUGAAUUCGAAUUUCGCAUUUCUAAAUGGUACUGAAAUUUUGAAUAUGUCAAAUGAAGAACUGCAAAAGCAUAGAGCAGAUCUGUGA